AGCGCGUUGACGAACCCCAGUUGGACAAAAUUAUUCCAUAGUAUCCUAUUACGUCGUGCCUCAAAUUGAGAUCGUGGUUUGUUUGGCACGUAAAAUUCUAUAACAUUUUAAUUAUAGCUUUUUAUUUAGGACAGCAGAACGUUAGGAUAAAUUAAUUUCGAUACCUACGAUCACCAAAAGGCAUUACAGUAGGGGGUUAUGGGGCGGUGUGCGGUGUAAGCUAAUGCUUUAGACAACACACAGACUCGCAAUUAACGACCCCAAAACCGAGACAGAAACUGGUUACAAGCUCUCCCACAAGUAUACAUGCAUCGCCCUCCUUCAGGGUUCCUUUCCUCCCGGUACGUUACGUAUAUUCGGUUGGAAACGCUCGAGAACUUGAAAUCGAGUCAUCAAGCCACGAUUCCGAACCAUGCAUAACGUCCGGGCCAAUAGGGGGCAACCUUCGACGCUGCCAUCUCGUCAUUUCUUUCUUUUUUUUUUUAACACUCCGGCACCUUGCAAGAAGGAUAGUUGUCGUUAUCUUGCGAUAAGAUCGAAUCCAGCCGACAGUGAACAGCUGCCCACUUCGUCUUUAGAAUUUGACCACAUCGAUUCUUCCUUUUUGGGAACGAGGCUAUAAGCCUGGCUGUAAACCUGCCGCGUGCUCGCGUGUUCCCGUUCGUCAUGCGCGCUCGUUCUUCGUGUUUCUCCGAUCAGCGUGACAGAAUUUCUUUCUCUACGGUGACGGGGCAUCGCCGAAAGAAGAAGAAAACCGAACGUUGGCGGCUUCGCUUGCUCCCGACCAUUCCUUCCGACCGGUGCCUUCCCUGCAUACUAGCAGUCGAUCUCGAGCUUUCCGUCUUGUGUUUGUCUUGUUUUUGUCUUUCACAUUUAUUCGAGGUCGGUAAAGACAGAAGCGAGACCCGGUGUUUCCUCGACGUGUUCUGGGACAUCCCGGCGACGCAUGCUAUGGCAGAGAGGUCGCUCGUCGAAAAAGGCAAGCAGGCCGCAAAGACAAUCACGACGCUGUUUCCGAGGAUACCGAAGACGUGCACCACCCUGCUGGAGGUCUUCAUCAAGCGCGAGAGCAAGGUGUCCCUGCUGCGAGACCCGCUGACGCACUUCUGCGAGGAGGAGCUUGUGCUCCACGCCCAGGAGUGCCUGCUGAAGAUCAACAAGCAGGUCAUCACGUACCAGGACAUCCGCAGCAUGGCCGAGAACCUCAUCGGCCUGCACACCCUGUGCAUCAAGCGCGACCCUGACGUGGCCCGGACUCAGGGAGAAAACAUGCGCAAGCUGAUCAUCAUCGUGGGCGAGCUGGCCGGCUCGCUGGAACGCAUGUGCGAGGUGCCCGUCACCGACUGGGUCGCCAUCGCCGACUCCAUAAUGGGCCGCAUGGAGAAGCUGAACCUGCCCAAGACGCUCCCGUUUGCGACGUACAUUCCGAAGAUACGCGACUUCGAGAACGUCAGGAUGCUCGGCGCCGGCGGCUUUGGCGCUGUGUACCUGGCGCGGUACAAGCCCGUGGGCUUCGAGGCCUCGCUGAAGCUGGUCAACAUGGACCGCUUCUCGCGCCACAAGCAGGCUGCCAUGGACAAGGUGGUCGCCUCGGUCAUCCGCAACCCGUUCCUCGUCAAGUACUACUCUUGCUACUGCGUCAAGGAGGCCUACGUGACCAUAAUGGAGUUCAUACCUGGUCUGGACCUGCAGCGUGUGGUGACCAAGGCCGAGUACCUGAAGAUUGACGCCGUGCAGAUCAUCAUGGCGCAACUCAUCCUCGCCAUCGAGCAUAUGCACCUGCACGGAUUCCUCCACAGGGACAUCAAGGUUUCCAACAUGCUCAUAAUGCCCGGCGGCAGGGUGAAGGUAAUCGACUUCGACACGACCAAGGUCUGCCACGGCCAUUUUUCCAAGCGCGUCCUGAGGCACUACUUCAAGAGGACGGCGUUCGAAUUCAACGACAGCGAGUCGGCCGGGACCAUACCUUACAUGGCGCCGGAGAUACUCAAGAGGCGACCGUACGGCCGCUCGGUCGACUGGUGGUCGUCGGGCAUCGUCAUGUACAAACUGAUGACGGGCAAGGUGCCGUUCCGGGGCAAGACGAAGCAGAUGCUGCGCGAGCGCAUCAUCACGGCGCCGCUCAAGUGGCCCCGCGCCACGGACACGCACGGCCACUCGGCCACCACGCCGGCCAAGGACAUGACGUACCGCAUGCUGCGUAAGAACCCCGGCGAGCGGCUCGGGUCGCGCAUCUACUCCGACCUCAAGACGCACUCCUUCUUCGACGGCUUCAACUGGAAGCAGCUGUACACCAAGAAGGAUCUCGUCGACAUACCUGCAAUCAAGCAAGUGCAGGAAGAGGACAAGAAGAAGGCCGGCGACAACGCCGACGACGACGACGAGCGGCGCCACCAGCAGAUCGACGACAUGACAGACAUCUUGCCCGAGAUGCAGAAGCCGCUGCUGUGCUACGCGUCCAAGAGCUUCCGAAAGUUGAUGCUCGCGCUGAAAGAAAAGCGCGGCAAAGUCAACGCGGACAUGAUGGACACUAGCGGUAACGAGAGCUCCGAGCUGCGCUACGACCGGCCGAAACCCAACCAGAGCGCACCCGAUGCCUCUGACAACCGAGACGCCCUCGAGAAAGUCGACCUGCUUCUGUUCAGGAAAAAGAAAUUCUACAAAUUCUGGGGCUACGGCUUCUCGUUACGACGGACCAAGGGCGAAGACGAUUCCUACUACAUAUACGUGGAAACGGUGACCGCGGACAGUCCGGCGGACAAGUCCACCGUUCUUCCGCUGGACGUGGUGCUGUACGUAAACGGCAAGUCCGUGAUGAACGAGUCCCUGUCCAAAGCGCGAAAGCUCAUCGCGCGCACAGGCGACAGCAUGGUGCUCUCGGUGAUGUCGUGCAGCUCCUACCGGCUCCUCACCACGCGAAGAGACAUGUUCAGCAUCAUGCGCUCCGUGCCCAAGGAACAGGUGUCCGUACGCAGCGUGGGCUUCUCGUGUGGCGGCUCGGCGCCCUACGGCUUAGGCCUCAUCGACGCCAUGGUCUACGACGAUAGAACCAAGCAGUUCACUCGCUGCUUCGUGAUCACGGUCGGUAGUCUCGUCGAAACCCGUGGCGCGAUUCCAGGGUUGCCGUUCUGUAAACGUUCUGUCGUGUGGCUAAAUUUGCCAUCUUGCCUGCUGCGAUUGGUUCAGAGCGCGGCAACGUACUCACCGAUUGGCUCAAACGAGAAAACGCGGCAUGAUUCUACAGUCUCCAACGAAGGUGAAGUACUCUCGGGCGAUCUCUUUCGGAAGAUCGUUUCACUUUCGCGAUAUUUCGCGAGAAUCGGCACUGUACACACGCCCGCAAGAGUAGGGCAAACGCGAGAAAGAAGCUUUCGUAGGCUGAGCCUCGCGAAAUCUCGCGACAGAAAAACAAUCGCCGAAAGUGAUCGCCCAGAAUGUCGGCCCAGAACAACGAAUUUUUUUUUCUUUUUUUCGGCUAGACACAUCGCCGGCGUAAAAUUUAGCGUAAACUUAAUUAAGCUUAAACCUAUGCAUAUAGAUUGAAUUGUCGCAUCGAAGGGACGUGCACAGUCGAAGAACGGUACCUACGCAUGCGCACUGUGCCUCCAGAAACUUCCAGGCAUCAGAAUAUCGAUGCGAUAGCCUGUGGUAAAUUAUUGCACAGUGCUACAGCACAAUCCUGUUAGGCCUUGUUUUGACUACAGUACAAGCAGCAUAGCUAAAGAAAGCGGGAACGAGACAUGCAUGGACGAAAAGAAAA